AGAAGCCAAUGCUUUUUUAGAGAAUAAGUCUCAUUACAUAAAAACAAAAAACACCAUUCCCUUCUUAUUAUAUACUUUCUAAAAAAAUACAUAUUUUUUCUUGGGUAAAGUUUAGAUGCAUCUUGGACAUUACACAUGUGUACAUCUUUUUUUUUUUAUUAUUUUUUCAUCACUUAAAUAAAAAAAUAUUAAAACAUUAUGUAAAAAAUGUCAAAUUUGUUUUACCAAAAGUUACAAUAGGAUGCAUAAAGAUAAAUGGUGUUGUUUUCUUUAUCUCGGUUAUUUAUUUUGAUCCAUCAUGGUGAUCAUGAUUAACUAAUAAUUAAAAAGAUAUAUGAAAUUCAUUUUUCUUUUUUUCUCUCUGCCAUCCCACUUUAAAGGUUCUUCAAAGGUUCCAUCUGAAUUUCUUUUCAGCUAAAUGCUUGGGUUGUGUUUCCAAGAAGAAAUUCAACAAAUGAAACCCAUCAUUUUGGUUUCACCAUAAAACUUCCACCAUUUUCCCUUUUUGUUCUUCAUUUUCAGUGAUCAUGAAGAGAUUUAGCCACUCAGAUUCCUUAGAUUCCUUCAUCUCCUUCUUCUCCCCCAAAGAUCAGCAACCGAAUUCCAAAGCCAUAGGUGGUUACAGCAAGGAGUUUCAAGCAAUGUUAGACAGUUUAGAGGAAGAAGACAACAGCGAAGACGGCGGGAGCAGUGGCGGUUCGGCACCGGAGAGGAAACGUCGGCUGAAACUGGAUCAAGUGAAGGGUUUAGAGAGACAUUUUGAAGUGGAAAACAAACUCGAACCCGACAGAAAAAUGAAGAUCGCAGCUGAAUUAGAACUUGAACCAAGACAAGUUACGAUUUGGUUCCAAAAUCGAAGAGCUCGAUGGAAAACCAAGCAAUUAGAGAAAGAUUAUGGAGUUCUUAAACUAAAUUAUGAUGCUCUUAAACUUGAUUAUGAUGUUCUUGAAAAAGAAAAUGCUUCUCUUGCUUCAAAGGUGAAAGAGUUGAGGGAGAAAGUAAACAGAGCGAUGAAAAAAGGGUCAAUGGAGAGAGAUGAUUCAAACAGAGAUGGGAAUAAUUCGUAUAUUUCAAUGUUGAAGAAUAAUAAUAAUCAAAUCCAAUUUACAAAGGCUAUGAAUGAGGAUCAAAGUUUGGUUAAUUUCUGUUCUGUUGAUCAAGCUCCUUCUCUCCAUUAUUGGUAAAAAAAAAACAAAUCCAUAUGAUCAAUGUUCUUCCAUUUUAUAACAUUUUUAUUUCUUGAUCUUCAUUUUGGUUCUUAGUUUUGGUCUUUUUCUUGUUUAAGAGUAAUGGAUAUAUGUACGUCUCAUGCUAAUGAAAUGUAUAGUUAAGAUCGAUAGUAUUUGUUC